GACGCAGCAGCGGGUCAGCAAGUAGUGUAGUGUUUCUCUAAUUGAACUUCGCCCAAUCAACAAUAACUCGUUAGCAGGCGCUUUCUUUUUCGUGCAGCCUGAGACAGCUUUUUUACCCUUGCAGGGAUUCACCCCCUCCAGUCUGUUACUUCCUAAAGAUCUACAUGGAGCUUGGCAGAGGAACUGCGACUCUCUGAGGGGGAAUACAGUCCGGCUGCCUUUACAACAACACCCGAAGCAUGGUGAUUCUGGAGGAAAGCUCUCAGGCGAGCUAAGUUGCGGUUUUAAAGUGUGAAAACAUACAGGGGGGUCUACAUCGAGCAGCAGAGGACUUGUGGACGCGUAAAACUGCCAUUUGAAUGAUAUAAUAAAGUGUUGUGGAAGUAGCGAUUCUUCGGGACUGCGAUGACCUCCAGUAAAGACAUGAAGGCAGGUUCUGUGUUGCAGUCCAGCGGGGAGGAGAGGAGACGGGCUCCCCUGGAUCAGCUGCCGCCGCCGGCGAACUCCAACAAGCCUUUAACGCCGUUCAGCAUCGAGGAUAUUCUGAACAAACCCUCGGUAAAGAAGUCUGUCGCGAGUAUCUGUCCGCCCAGAGUGCUGGAGAAAGUGACGGGCUCCAACUCUGCGAGGAACGGGAUCACCACUCCCUCCUCGCCGUUGUGCGCGCUGGAGGAGCUCGCUAGCAAAACGUUUAAGGGUCUGGAAGUCAGCGUUAUCCAGGCAGCAGAAGGUCGCGAACACGUGAACGCUUUCGGCCAGAGACAGACGUCGAAAAAGAGGAGAAAGUCGCGGACAGCCUUCACGAACCACCAGAUUUACGAGCUGGAGAAGAGGUUUCUGUACCAGAAGUACCUCUCCCCGGCUGACCGAGACCAGAUCGCGCAGCAGCUGGGGCUCUCCAACGCGCAGGUCAUCACCUGGUUCCAGAACCGCAGGGCCAAGCUCAAGCGGGACCUGGAGGAGAUGAAAGCGGACGUGGAGUCGCUAAAGAAGAUCAACCCGCAGACCCUGGAUAAGCUGGUCACCAUGGACAGCAUUGAGGAGGGCGAGGGUCCCGACGCCCGGUCCCCCAGUAUCUCCCCCACCUCCACAGGACUCCGGGCCUUCCCACAGUCCCCCUCCUCCUCCAGAGACCAAACUACGGAUGAGUUCUCGGAGGACGACGAGGAAAUCGAGGUGGACGAUUGACAGUCAGAGGAGAUUUUCAUAAGCAGCAACAAAAAAGAAUACUAAAAAAAAGGGGGCAUUUUUUUUCUUCCCAAACUUUUGCACGGAUAUUAACAAAAAAGGAGAAUAUAUACACAAGACAUUUCUGGAUUUUUCUCUCCUCUUUUCUUUUUUCUCCAUUUUAAUUUAUUAAUCGGACUUGUAAAGCUUUCCAAGUCUGUCGUUUAAGUUUCACAAUAUUUGAGGAAUAUUUUUCCUUUCAGACUGUACAGAUGGUACAGUAAGAAAAUUGUGCAAACAUUUUAAUUGUUCAUGUUUUUAAAAGUUGUGCAAUUAUUUUGUGUCAUUUAUCUGUUAAGGAAUUGGAUGUGCCAAAUAUUUAAAUCACCAUUUGUUUGGAUUUGUUUUACGCACAGCAGAGGUCGGUGUGUCAGUCCAUCCCUCCUCAUGUGUACAAGUAUGAUUUCUUCUGAGCGAAAUGUGUCUCUGCAGCAUGCAGGCCUGCAGCGCAUCAUAACGACUGCAAACUUUUCCAAGCUCUGAGUUGUGUAAAUAGAUCAGACAUCCUCUGCGAUAAUUUUAUUGUAACGUUCUAUUUAAUCAGCAUCUAUGUAAAUAAAGGUUAUAUGAUAUUUGAAGAA